AUGGGCAAGCUGUUUCAGUCAAUUGAUCUAUCGAAAGACGAGCACAUUGGCGACUUGAACAAGCUUCAAGAGCUCUUCAGCAAUAAGGAAGGAAAGCGAUAUUUCCGUUGUCCGUUUCUCUACACUGAAAGCGAGUACUGUGGUGCAGAGAUGAAACAUUACUCUUCCGAGCGUCCAAAGAUCCAUGCAACAUCUUGUGGGCUGCUGUUCGAAGAUGGCCAGACCCUCGAUUUCGAGGACUUCUGUACAAUAAUCAGGACUCUCUUCUGCAAAACUCACGACCCCAGAGAACCCAAGUAUGAGGCAUACAGGAUCCAUUUCACCAAGCUCUGGAGCGUUGCGUCUAGCGAAGCGAAGACAAACGUAUUGCAUGCCCUACGUGAGGGCAUAAAUCACAUAGAAUCUAUCAAGAUCACAGAAUAUCCCAAGACGCCACAACGGCCCGUUCCAUACAGAGCCUACCAGUCUGAGCCUUCAAAACCAACACAAUUGCAACCAGAAGGAGGCGAGCCUUCGACAUCUCGAGGUGAUUCGUCGCCUUCACCGGCUUCACCAUCGACCUUGCAAGACCCAGACAGUUCGAUUCGUCCCCAGACUGCCCAGCUGCCAAUGAGAACGAACCAAAUAGAUAUUUCGACCAGAAAAUCGGGACCCUACUCUCCGCCGAGCCCUUCGCCUGAUCCCCACCAGAAGGACCCCGAAAAGCAUACUGUUGUUGCCGACAAACCUCCUUCGCAGGAUAAGCACAAGACUUCUUUUCUGUUCGGAUCCAGCCAACAGCGUCUGCCAGUUGGUAGCCCCAAAAAUCCCUUCAAGUUUGGAGACGAAAAUACCUUCCAGUUUCGCGGCGUAAAUCCUCGAGUGAAUUGUAUAAACCGUCAUGGAGGAUUUCAUCGCAACAAUGGUGCCGACAGACUAUACGCUCCCAACAACAGUCAUAAAGAGGCAACUCCAGAAAAGCAGUCCGGAGCUUCAGAAAAGCUGGAUGAAAAGCAGAAUGGGUUCAUUCCAGGUUUUGAAAAUGGCCACUUUAGUGCAUUCAGUUCCCUAGAUACUCGCCAUACCAUUUUCAAUCGCGUGAGGGGUGAUACUGCAGAUGCUCCAAGGAAGAAUGACGCGGAAAAGAAUACGGUUGGGUCACCGUCGCCUGCGGUAUCUUGGCAAGGCAACGAGAACAAGGACCAAGCGAGUGCUGAGGCUUCUACAGAGAGCUCAAAUCCGUUAAUGCAUGCCCCUGAUCCGGCGGUGACGAAAGAAGAUAUGGUACAGCACCAUCGAGUUGAGGACGUUCCAACUCCGGCUAGCAUUGGCAGGGCAGAGGAAAAGGAAGACGCAGAACAUCGGCUUCUAGAGAAGAGUAUGAGCAAUUUGCAUAUACAGGAGAACGCAACAGGCACAGAUACAGAGAAACGAGACGAACCUAUCGCCACACUGGCAAGACGAGAUGGUGAGCCUCAGGUCUCUCUAUCCCCCACACCCGUCGGCAAUGAUCGCACUUGCGAAGACGAGCGCGACCCGAAAAUCAUGGCUAAACCAGGGGAUAUGCGCGAUCCAGAAGUCGAUUCCAGUCCGCAAAACCACAAUGGAUCUCAUGAGCAUAUAUAUGACGUCGAAUCUCCCAGGCACAUCAGUAACAAAAUUUACGCUCUUCUCAAAAAGCCCCUUCCGACAACGGGCAUAUACAUCAUGUCCGCGAGGGAGUUCUUUCAGAACUAUAAAGCCGCUAGCAAUGACAAGGAACCCUGGGUAAAGAUAGGAAUAAGCGUAAACGCCGAUGAACGUAAGAAACAGUUGCAGAGCAAGUGCGGGAUCAAUGAUCUCGUUGUUGAAUAUUACUUUGAGGAGAGGCGGGGAUUCGACGAAGUUCGCAUGAGAAGAAUUGAGGCGAUAUGCCACUUGGAGCUGCACAAUUUUAGGAGGAAGUUAAAUUGCGAGGAUAGGGACGUAAAAUGCAAAUCGAUCCAUGGUGAGUGGUUUGCUGUGAGUAAGGCAGUUGCGUUGAGAACGGUUAUGAGAUGGGUGAAGUUUUUGGAGUAUGACCCUUAUAAUCUUCAAAGUGAUCUUGUUCCAUUUUGGAAAGACCGGAUAGAAGAAGAUAGAUUAGCACAAGAGAAGCGUUGGGCUGCUGACGACAGUGAGGACGAACUGGACACUGAUGCACCGGAUAGAAGGUUCACAAAAUGGUUGGACGAUAGCUAUGCCAAGUGGGAGAAAAUGAAGCCAACAUCUAGCUAA